AUCGGUAAUGCAAACCUCCAUGAUGACGUCGAAAACAGAAGAGUCUCCACUGGCUGUCAUACAAACAACAGAAUGUGCAGCUCAAUAUGCAGACACAAAUCUUAUCUACAACGUGUUGGUAUCAACUGGUGGUGUGGGAGUAAGGGAUUUUUCCUUGACACUGCUGGACUCAAACAAUCAUUGCAGUGUCAAAACGUUGGUGAAUAAACCCGUAUAUGGUGGUUUUAGCAAGGAGAUCUCUGUUGAAAUCACUGGAACGAAGGAGCUUGGAGACAUUGCCCUGGUGAAAAUUGAACAAGACAAUUGUCAGUGGUUCUGUAUGCAUAUCAAAGUGAAAACUCCCUCUGGAAAGUGCUUUGAGUUCCCCUGUUAUCGCUGGAUAGACAAAAAUGAAGUGCUUGUUAGAGAGGGCAGUGCUCGAUUGCCUCAGGAUGAGACGGAAUUUCUUAAAAAGCGAAGACAAGAAGAACUGGAAUCCAGAAAGGAAAUAUUCAGAUGGAUCCAGAGGCGUCCAGGCUUCCCUCAGUCCAUAGAACCCACACUGAAUAAACUUCCUUUAGACGUUCAGUUUGAUGAAGAAAAACAAUCAGAGUUCACUAAGAAUACAUAUGAAGUGUUUGUGAAAUUAGACUUGGGCAGAUAUAAAGAUUCCUUUCAGUCCUGGAAAGAUUUUGCAGAUCUUGAGAAGAUAUUUACAAAUUAUGAAACCAAGAACACUCUACUAGAGAACGUGAUCCAAGACUGGAACACGGAUUACAUGUUUGGCUAUCAGUUCUUGAAUGGCUGCAAUCCUGUCAUGAUUAGGAAAUGCAUGAAACUUCCAGACAAAUUUCCAGUCACACAUGAGAUGGUGAAGGGCUCUCUGCAGAGAGGUCUCACGCUACAAGAUGAAAUAAAGAAAGGAAACAUCUACAUAGCGGAUUAUGAAAUCUUGGCGGGAUUGCCGGCCAAUAAAGCAAAAAAUACCCAGUACUAUUUGACUGCACCCAUCUGCUUACUCUACAACAAUAGAGUGAACCAAAUUGUGCCAAUUGCCAUUCAGCUCAGUCAAACACCAGGGGAAAAGAGCCCAAUCUUUCUCCCAGACGAUAAUGAAUACGAUUGGAUGCUGGCCAAGAUGUGGGUAAAAUCUUCUGACUUCAAUGUACACCAGCUGGUCACACACCUUCUCAAGACACAUCUGAUAUCAGAGGUUUUUGAAGUAGCCAUGUACAGACAGCUCUCUGCAGCCCACCCUGUAUACAAGUUACUGAUACCUCAUGUCCGUUUCACAAUGGCAAUCAAUGCAGAGGCCCGUAUAAAACUCAUCAGUGAUGACGGGUUCUUCGGCAAGAGUAGUAGCGUAAGUGGAAAUGGGAUUGAUCAAUUGAUGGAAAGGGCUACGAAAACUUUAACCCUCAAGUCCCUGUGUUUCCCUGAGACCAUAAAAGCUCGAGGAAUGGAAAAUGCACCCAAGUACUAUUAUAGAGACGAUGGCAUGAUGAUCUGGAAGGCAAUACACUGUUUUGUUUCUGAUGUGGUCGAGAUCUACUAUGCCGGAGAUGAGAAGGUUCAAAAAGAUGUGGAGAUUCAAGGAUUUGUUAAGAACGUUUCCUUUGGCUUGCUUGAUUCCAAGGGUGAAAAGUUUCCACAGUCUCUGAAUACUCGAGCGGAGCUAACCGAGUACCUGACUGCUGUGAUAUUCAACGCUUCAGCACAACAUGCUGCAGUCAAUUUUGGACAGUUUGAAUGGGAUGCCUGGAUCCCCAACAGUCCUUCAACCAUGCGCAAACCGCCUCCUAUAAAGAAAGGCGAAGUGGAUUUGAAAUAUUUCAUGGAGUCUUUGCCUGACCGUGACUCUUCCAGUGGGGCUCUAGGAACAACUUGGGCCCUCAGUCGGUUCCAGAAAAAUGAGCGGUACUUGGGCAUGUAUCCAGAUAUGCGCUUCACGGAGCCAGCAGUGAAGGAAGCCAUUAAGAAAUUUCACAAGAAACUAAACGAGGUGACCGACAGCAUCAAGCGCCGGAAUGAAGGAUUAACAAUGGAGUAUUGUUAUCUGUCCCCAAACAAAAUCCCCAACAGUGUUGCAAUUUAAGAAAAUACUAGAAAUAUAUUGUCAGGCCUUACCACCUCUAACAAACACCUUUACUUAAAAUAUACGAUAUAGUUAAACACAGUAACCGUUUCAGAAAUUGUCUUUGAUUUUUCCUUCUUGUUUCUGGAAAGUAGGGGAUAUUAUCUGAGAGGUAACCACUGGUCUGGCACACACUGGAAGAAACAUUUAUGCAUGUUAUACUUCAUUUAUUAUUGUAUUUUUAUUCUUUUCUGUAUUCAUAUAAACUUGCAUAAGCAUAUCAGUACUGUACACUGAAAAAAACUUCUGUACAGUACAUCGAUUGCACAUAGUUAAAUUAGGUUUAGUUAAAUGAAUUAUAUUUUACGAAAACUUGAUUCAAUCAUGUUGAACUGGUGUUCAUAAUUAAUUACAUAGAUCCAACAUUUUUUUAAAGAAAAAUAAUUUUAACAAAACUUAAUUCAAUCAUGUGCAACCGACUAUUCAUUAACACAUCUUUUGAUUUAUAUAUUCAUUAGUUUUCAUUACUCAUGGUAUAUCGUUGUCGUUUUACUUUGAUUUAAAAUGUAAACCUUACAGUUGAUAUUUUACAUCUGUAUUAAUUUUGAUGAUCUUGUGUUUUGCUGUUGCAGUGGUGGUGGAAAUAAUAAUGCUCUAGCUUAAUUUUGGUAUAAGUAAGGGUUAUCAAUUACAUAUUAUAAUCGUGAUAUUGUCUUUGUUGUGAUCUCUUGACAAUUGUUUUAAUUUUCUCACAUCAAGCAUUUUUUUUUCUGAUCUUUGUCAUCUCGUAAAUGCUAAUGUGUAUUUAUUGUGGAAUUGGCUGUGAGUAAUGCCAGGUCAAACCUUUGGUGCAUGUCUUUUUUGCAACUUAAAUAAAAUAAAAAUGUUU